AUGGACCAGCAACAAAUAGAGCCGGAUGCAGCCAAAAAAGUAGACUCGAUCCUAGAGCCCCAGAGCGACAUCCCAAGCGACUGCAAUUUGGGCGAAAUCGUCCAGAGGCCUGAUGAUCUGCAACGCCAUCUUACUUCUCGCCAGAUACAAUUCAUUGCCAUCGGAGGCUCCAUCGGAACGGCUCUGUUUGUAAGUAUCGGCUAUGCCCUCAUGCAUGGAGCAGCAAGCCUUCUCGUGGCAUUCAUCCUCCAAGCAUGCAUUAUGGCCCAGGUCAAUAAUUCGCUGGCCGAAAUGACCAUCUUCAUGCCGGUCAGCGCCGCCUUCAUCCAACACGCCAGUGCCUGGGUUGACGGUGCCUGGGGUUUCAUGAUCGGCUGGAAUUUCUGCGUGUUUGAGGGCCUCCUCAUUCCAUUCGAGAUUACAGCCCUGGACAUGGUUCUGUCCUUCUGGCGCGAUGAUAUCCCGGCGGCUGCCGUCAUCUCCACUUGCAUCGUUCUUUAUGCGAUUACGAACUUAUUCGGGGUCAAGUACUUUGGUGAGGCCGAAUUCUGGCUGGCGGGAGGGAAACUCCUGCUCAUCACCAUCCUGUUCUUGUUCACCUUCAUCACCAUGGUAGGAGAAAACCCGCAACAUGAUACGUAUGGUUUUCGGAACUGGUCAAAACCGAGCCCGUUUGUCGAAUACACUUCCACUGGGGACCUGGGCCGUUUUCAGGGUUUCCUGGCCGCCUUGUGGCAGGCUGGCUUCACAAUCGUGGGUCCCGAGUACUUGGCCUGCGUGGCUGGAGAAGCACAGCAUCCCCGGAAAACGCUAAAGUCUGCGUUCAAGUCCGUAUACUGGCGGCUUGGGGUUUUCUUUAUCGGGGGUGCCCUCUGCGUUGGUAUCAUCCUUCCUGCUAACGAUCCGACCCUGCUGAGAGUGUUGGGUGACGGGGACACGGGCACCGGCGCGUCAUCACCAUACGUGAUUGCUAUGACCAACAUGGGAGUCGAGGUGUUACCGGACCUAGUCAACGCCCUCCUCUUUACCAGCAUUUAUUCGGCUGGGAACGCAUAUGUCUAUACCACUUCUCGGAGUUUGCAUGGUCUGGCUCAGAAUGGCCAUGCCCCCAAAUUGUUCCGCAAGUGCACCAAAGACGGGGUUCCAAUAUACUGCCUUGCAGUAGCGUUGGCAUUCGCCUGUUUGUCUUUCUUGAAAUUGGGUAGUGGCUCGGUACAAGUGCUGACCUGGCUCACAAACUUGAUCACCUGCGGGACAGUAGUAACAUACAUCGUCGUGUGUGUCAAUUAUAUCUUUUUCCACCGAGCACUGAAAGCGCAGGGCUUUAGCCGCAUGGAGCUGCCCUAUCGAGGGUAUUUCCAGCCCUAUGGGACUUGGAUUGCUCUGAUUUGGCUCUUGGGUAUUGAAGUCUUCUACGGGUAUGCGGUGUUCUUGAAAGGACGGUGGGAUAUCGGGUCUUUCUUCAGCGAUUACACAAUGGCGUUUCUCGCCAUCGCUACCUAUGCAGGAUGGAAGAUCUGCAAGCGCACCCGGUUUGUCCGUCCGCAAGAGGCAGAUCUGGUGUGGGCUCGGCCGGCGAUUGAUGCUCACGAGGCCGUCAUGGAGGAGGUUCAUCAGGCUGGGAUUCGCGAACAAUUGAUGCAGACUUUGCGAACCAAGUGGGGAGGUGGUCGCUCAACAAGCACCUGGAUGGUCUAA